AUGAGUUCAUCUAUAGACCGAACGUCUCAGCCGCAAAAGUACAACAGAACACAAACCAAAACAAAACCCCAAAAUACCUGUCCUGCGUAUGAAGGAGCUGUAGUGGCUGCUCUUGCUUCUGCAGCUGGAGCAGCAGCAGCAGCAGGAGCAGCAGCAGCACUAUCACCCACUCAACUUCAUCGUGCAUGGCCAAUCAUUGAGCGUGAGGGCAUAUCGAUAGCCUAUAAUCUGCACGUUCAUUGGGGGCCCCCCACGGGGCCCCUGCAGGAGUUUGAUGCAUCUUCUUCUAAGGGCCCCCCUGAGGGGGCCCAUUGUCACGAAGAGGAUUCAGAGACUGUCUUCACCUCAGCAAGGGCCCCUAGGGCGCCGUUUGGGGGCACCACCAAGGGCCUCUCUGAUGGGUUUCAGGGGCAUCUAGGUACGGGGGCCCCCCGGGAGGCCCCUCUGAGGCCUAUUUCGGGGUCCCCUAUGAGGGCUCCUCUGGGGUCCCCUCUGGGGGCCCCUCUGGGGGCCUCUAUGGGGGCCCCUUUGGGGGUUCGCUGCAGCAGCAGUGGUCUUAAGGCGCGAUGGCUGCAGGUGAUGGGGAGGAAAGCGCUGGAGGUUGCACUUUUGAUAUCGAGCGCUUCAGAAAAAAGUCACAACCAUCUUGUUUACUUACGCUUCAUGCAGAAGCAGCAGCAGCAGCAAGAGCAGCAGCAGCAACAACAACAAGGGCAGCAGGAUAUUGAACAUGGGUGCUGCUGUGGGCUCCACAGAUCUUUCGGCAUCUGCCAGCAUGUCGCUGCGCUGCUGCUGCUGCUUUCCCUUACAGACGUAAGCAGUGGAGCAGAUACUGCUGCUGCUGCUGCUGUUGCUGCUGACUCAGCAUCAGCAGCAGCAGGCCCUGCCGCAACGGAUUCAGGAACUGCUGCACCUGCAGCUGCUGUUCCUACAGGAGGAGCAGCAGGCUUUCCAGCUACUGUUUUAGGAACAGCUGAAGCAACAGCAGCAGCAGCAGCAGAUGCUGCUGCUGCUGUUGCUGCUGCUGCAGCUGCUGGGUCACCUUCAGGAUCGACGUUACCUCCAACACAGCCGCUGUCCUGCGGGUCGGAUCAACGCCUUUUCUCUUCUUCUACAGACAGAAUUUCUCUUAGCCUAUUAGAGGCAGCAACAGCAGCAGCAGCAGUAGCAGCAACAUUUUUAGCAGCACCCUCAGCAGCCGCAGUGUCCGCAGCAGCUGCAGCGCCAGUACCAGCAGCAGCAGCAGCACAAGCGGAAUUUUGCACGUUGGGAGCACCAGCAGGCGAAGCAUGUGGGGAAUCAAUGCGAUUGGAUCCUCUUGCUGCUGAGAGUGCAGCAGCAGCAGCAGCAUCUGCUGCUGCUGCACUCUCAGCAGCAGCACAAGAAGCUGAAUUCAACAACGCAAAGGAGGAUGUAGCUGCUGCUGCCUCGUGUCUCCUUCCUUAUGAGUCUCCUAGUUAUCUAGGAGCCAGUUCCAUGGAAUAUGCAGCAGCAACAACUGCAGCAGCAGCAGCUGCAGCAGCAGCAGCAACGGCACCAGCAGAGUCAGCAACAGCAACAGCAGAAGCACCCAUAGAGACGGAUGGUUGCGGGUAUGAUAAGUGUUCUGCUGAUGAAAUUGAGAGUGAUUAUGAUGAUUCACAGCUGCAGCAGCAGAGCAGCAGCAACACCGGCAGCAACAAAUGCAGCAACAGCCGCAGCAGCAACGGCAGCUGCUGCUGCGGCGGGCUCAGUGUUUGGAGCGUUCUUAGCAGGCAGCACGCUUUAGGGAAGGCAGCAUCAACUCCCAUUGCUCACCGCCGCAGCAGUUGGCUUUCAAAGAGAGACAGCAGCAGCAGCAAUUGCAGCAGCAACUGCAGCAGCAACGGCAGCAGCGGAAAGAGGCGCAGAAGCAACUGCAGCAGCAGAUUCCAUGAGGGUCUUCUGCUCAGCCCACUCACUUGCAAGCAUCAACCCCGGAGGCUACGAAGCCGCCAUUCCCUCACGGAUCUGCCCACGGGUUACACGGAGCAGCAGGAGCAGCAGCAGCAGCAGCAAGAGAAGCAGCAGCAGCAGCAGCAAGCCGUUGCUCCCCCUCAGAGUUCUUACCGCAGGGUGUCGGAUAGUUCUAAGUACUGCAGCAAAGGGGAGUCGCAGCUCUUAAGCAGCAGCAAGGAUGAGGCCUUUCCUCUUCUUGUCAGGGUUAGGGGUUCAGCUGCAUGCGAGCCUGGGGCCCCCCCUUUCAGCAGCAAAAUGGGGGGACCCCCUGGGGGCCCCUAG